AUGUUAUUAAGUAAUAAUGUCAAUAGUUUAACUUAUGAGAAUUUAAUGUCAAAGGUUGUUCUUUCGGAACAAAAAGAUAUCAUUGACUAUAUAGAAGAUAUUGAAUACGAAUCUGAAUUGGAUUAUCUUUCAUAUGAAAAGGAAUUAUUUUAUGACGACAUAGGCGAUGAAUAUUAUGAUUACCUGGGGAACCAAGAAAUAUAUGAUUUAUUCGAUGUUGAACAUGAGUUAGUAGAAGGUAGCCACUGCUUAAAUAGAAAAAGGAAAAGUUCUUGUGCCUUUCAGCACAUUGUCAGUGAUAAUGAAUCUCAAUCAAUAUCAAGUUAUAAGUUUCUCAAUAUUUUCCCCCUUAAAUAUAGAGAAACAGUUGAAAUACUGUUAAAUAAUCUUUCCACGAGCACACGAUGUUUUUUCAAUAUGUCCAAAAGAAUUGUUUGGAAUAUAUCGAUGUCCUCAUUAUUGCUAGGCAUGCCUUUAUAUUUAACAAUAAUGUUAGAGAGACAAACGUUAGAAAACGAGCGAUACUUUGAAUUACUUCCAUAUACCAACUUGUCAGGCAUAUAA